AUGGACAACCUACCAGUGGAGCUAGUGCUCGAGAUCGUGGAGUCCUGCCCACGAAACGACCUCCCCAGUCUUUGCCUUACCGCGAGAUUCUUGUACGCCAUCGGCAACCCGAUCCUUUACAAGCACGUCGAUCUCAGCAUCCACAACCGCGGCCAGGUCAUGAUCCGGCCAACGGACGGCUUUUCUCAGUCUUCCGACAGCUACUGGUGUACACAGGUACCAGCAGGGUCGCUCUUAAGGCAGGAGAGUUUUAUUGCAGCAGUCUUGGGGAAUCCGGGGCUGGCUACGCUGGUGAAAUCCUUCACUUGGACUCUGCUGCGACCACACACCAAAGAGCUCACUCGAAAUCCUCUGUUGGGAAUUACUCCACCUGGAGCCAUUUCAAGACGUGCCAUCUUGCGUAUCUGGGAUGCCUUUCACCGUCUGACAGGUGUCGAAACUUUAGACCUUGCAUGGUUGUCCAGAGAUCAUGGCGAUCCGCUUGCCGAUGGCUACUCCAACGGACUAUUUCCUGCGGCCAUCUCCAUUCGGCUCUCGGGUGUCAUGCACUACUCCUUCGCAGCCUCGAUCCUCUACAAUAAUCCUGCGAAGCUCGAACACCUUGAGCUUGACAAUCUACAACAGGUGGGAAAAGGUUGCGAUCAUUUCCUUUACCGCCGAACCAAUCACCGACAAGACUAUCAGCAAAGACCUUCCGUUUGGAACAGCGAAAUCCGUCGGUACGGAAGCCUCCUCCCUUUCGGUUCUGCCGGUCCAAUGCAGAAUCUCCUGGGACCUCUCAUCGGCCGCUGCCCAAAUUUGAGAGCCUUGACAUUGCGUAAAGUCGGGCAGAGGUACCACACAGAAUUCCCCAUAGAAUCCCAAGCCAAGGACGAAGACUUAUACCACGAGUUUGCCCUCUUCAUCAAUUCGGUGAAGCAUACACUCCGGCAUGUCGUCUUUGAGCAAGGUGAACGAACGGGUCGACCUCCCCCUCCGGCUGCAGGUCAGAUUGUUGGUCAAUUUGUUGGUCAGCCUUUUGCUGUGUGGCCCAUGGACAGGCGAUUUAUGAAUAUACUCUAUCCGCGACUGUUUCAAGGACAUUGGCCGUGUUUGGAGAGCAUGACCGUCGGAGGAGUGCACUUCAGAUGGACUAACGACCUCCUUACCAUCAGGGGACCGCGUAGGGGUGAUGUUAGGGCUGUUGCUCGGAGGAACGUGCAGACGAUGGAUCAUAUUGGCCUAGGUGAUCCGCUGGCGGGGGUCAUUCGUUAA